GACGCAUGACGUUGUCCAACAAUGUUUUGAUUCUAUCGUUGACGUAAUCCAGCACACAACAAAUAUGGUUCCCACUUAGUUUUAAUGUCGGAACGCAAAGUGAUAGCUGGCUAAUUACUUUAAAUGUGAUACUUAUUUUUUUUCUUAAAAUGAAGGGCUAAACGGAUACAUUAGGCAAGGGCUCAGAUCAUGGAAGCGGGUGCAGAAUCUGGACGCAAGCUGCGCUCCAUCUGCCGGACAAUGUAUGACGAAAAUGAGGACUCCUCUGAUGUUGAAGAAAUUGCAAAUGUCAGGGGUUUCAAUCUGGAGGAGAAACUUGCUAGCGAUUCCUACAACACACAUUUCGUUCAGAUGAUGGAUGGCAAAGAUUUCACUUAUGAGUAUGUUCAGAGAGAGGCACUUCAGACGCCUCUUAUUUUCAAAAACAAAGAUGGCCUAGGCAUCAGAAUGCCAGACCCAGAGUUUACCGUCAGUGAGAUAAAAGGUUUGGUUGGUAGCCGCCGCGCUGUCGACGUGAUGGAUGUGAGCACUCAGAAGGGCUCUGAGAUGAGUAUGGCCCAGUUUGUCCGCUACUAUGAGACGCCUGAGGAGGAACGAGACAAACUCUUCAACGUUAUCAGCUUGGAGUUCAGCCACACCAAACUGGAGAACCUCAUCAAGAGGCCCACUGUGGUGGAUUUAGUGGACUGGGUGGACAACAUGUGGCCUCUACAACUAAAACAAAGGCAAACUGAAGCCACUAACGUCAUAUCAGAAAUGAAGUACCCCAAAGUACAGAAGUACUGCUUGAUGAGUGUGAAGGGCUGCUAUACCGACUUCCACAUUGAUUUCGGGGGCACGUCUGUGUGGUAUCACGUCUUCAAGGGAGGGAAGGUGUUCUGGCUGGUGCCGCCGACGCCUUAUAACCUCGCCCUGUACGAGGACUGGGUCCUGUCGGGCAAGCAGAGCGACAUCUUCCUGGGAGACCGCGCGGACGGCUGCCAGCGGGUGGAGCUGAAACAGGGCUACACCUUCUUCAUCCCCUCCGGCUGGAUUCAUGCCGUCUACACCCCCGAGGACACGCUGGUGUUUGGAGGCAACAUUCUGCACAGCUUUAACAUUCCCAUGCAACUCUCCAUCUAUGAGAUAGAGAACAGGACUAAGGUUAAUUCCAAGUUCCGCUAUCCGUUCUACCAUGAGAUGUGCUGGUAUGUCCUGGAGAGGUACGUCCACUGUCUGACCAAGCGCUCUCAUCUUGCUCCGGAGUUCCGCAGAGAGCCUCUGCAAAUAGACUUGGAGACGAAGCUAAGUACAGAGAGCCCGUCCUCUGACUCUCGGAGCCAGGACAUGGAUGAAGAGGACUCCUGUGAGACGCAGCAAGGACCGGAUGAACGGAGCGACAGGUCAGCAUUUGAUGACCCAUGCUCUCCUGAAAACAGGAAAGGGAAAUUCAGCAGCCCUCAGCACCUCAAAGCUGCCUUGUCCAAUGACUCUGAGGACAGCUGUGUACCCACUUUCACCCAGCCCUCAGACUUCCCCAAAACCCCGUCUGGCUCGCCAGGUUCCGAGGCUCCAACUAAAUGGACUCAUUUGACCGAGUUUGAACUAAAGGGUCUCAAGGACCUGGUGGAAAAACUGGAGUCACUCCCUGAAAAUAAGAAGUGUGUUCCACUUGGCAUCGAGGACCCCCAGGGACUGCUGGAUGACAUGAAGGUGGUGCUGAAGGAACAUGAAGAUGACGAUCCCAAAAUGGCUGCCACGGGUGUACCUGUGGUGUGCUGGCCGAAGAAGUCUGCCAAGCAGCAGCGACCACACAAUAGGCCCAAACCCAAAAUGGCGGUCUCAUCUCCGGCAGCGGCGGUCAAACUGUCGGCCAACCGGAGCACGUCUGGGGCCCGGAGGAGGAGGACACGAUGUCGAAAGUGCGAGGCGUGCCUGAGGACGGAGUGUGGCGAGUGCCACUUCUGUAAAGACAUGAAGAAGUUUGGAGGACCGGGGCGCAUGAAACAGUCCUGCAUCAUGAGGCAAUGUAUCGCGCCUGUCCUUCCCCACACGGCAGUGUGUCUGGUGUGUGGAGAGGCUGGGAAGGAGGACACGGUGGAGGAAGAGGAGGACAAGUUUAACCUCAUGCUCAUGGAGUGCUCCAUCUGCAACGAAAUCGUCCACCCUCUCUGUCUCAAGGUGAAAGAUUCCGGUGGAGUGGUGAAUGACGAGUUGCCGAAUUGCUGGGAGUGUCCAAAAUGCAACCAUGCCGGCAAAACAGGGAAAGCCGUCAAGCAAAAAAGAGGACCAGGAUUCAAGUACGCCUCCAACCUUCCCGGGUCGCUACUGAAGGACUCGCGGUUGAACCGUGACAUUAAGGCAGAGCCCGACCAGCCCAGUGUGCCGACAUCCCCCACCGUGACCACGGCCAGCGUGGCGGCGGUAAAGAGGAAGGCAGAGCGAGAUGACACCCCCAAGAGGAAGGCAGACGAAUCCCCUCCCCUGAAGAAACGCUCCCCCAUGCUGUCCCUGGGUGGGCUGCUUCUUACCCGACCCCGGACCGAGGACAACCCGCUGAGGAAAAAGAGGAAGCUGUUCGACAUCAAAGAUGAAGACGAGCCUUUGGUUGUGAAGAAAAAGAAGAAGCCCCCAAAACCUGAUGACCCUUUGACCCCAAAGCUUCUAAGGACCAUCAAGCAAGAGCGAGUUGAUGAUGACGAAGAGCAGAAAGACCUUGAAGAUGAAGAGGACAGAUACACAGGGGACAGGGUUGCAGCUAAAGGGAGAAGAGAAGAAGAUGAGGAUGAUGAUUAUAAGGAGGACGAUGAAGAGGAAACGGUGAAGGAGAAAGAUGCUGGUCUGGAUGACAGUAAAGAGGCUAAAAUGAAGACUAUUCUGAGUCCAUUGCUACGGACAUCUGCGGCCAGGGAGAGUGACCAGUCUGGCUCCAGCUCCCCCCAGGCUGGACCCAGCAGUGAGGGGGGUGACACCCCUGAGAAAACACCUGGCCAGCUGAAGGCAAGGCAGCGACGCCGCCUCCCUAACAAAGAGCUGAGCAAAGAGCUGAGCAAAGAGCUCAACCUGGAAAUCCAGAAGACGGAGGACUGCCUGGCCAAUCAGAACCACAGACCGGUGAAGAGGGAGGACAGUCCGGCCAAUAACAAUCGCCGACCACUGAAGACUGAGGACUCCUCGAUCAGUCACAACCGCAGGCCGCUUAAAACGGAGGACUCCCCUGCCAACCAUAACCGCAGGCCAAUAAAGACUGAGGACGGCCUAGCCAAUCACAACCGUAGACCACUGAAAACCGAGGACGCCUUAGCCAACCAGAAUCACCGGCUAAUGAAGACUGAGCCUGAGAGCGAGGAGGAGGAGCCCAAGCCCAAGCGGCCGCUCAACAACUGCGGCAGCGACCUCAGGGACUGGCUCCACCCCAGGGCACGGGAGGCGAACGGGACGCCCCGGCAGCUUUCGCCCCUGGGCUGGAACCGCGGCCCUCCGAUCACGCCCAUUUGCCCACGCCCCCCACCCAGCCGCUCCCCGCCCAAGUGUGUGCAGAUGGAGCGCCACGUGAUCCGGCCGCCUCCCAUCAGCCCGCCGCCAGAUAGGCUGCCCCUGGAUGACGGACAGGCCCACGUGAUGCGCAGGGAGGUGUGGAUGGCCGUGUUCAGGCACCUGACCCAUAGAGACCUCUGCGUCUGCAUGCGCGUCUGCAAGACCUGGAACAGAUGGUGCUGCGAUAAGAGGCUGUGGACGAGGAUCGAUCUGAACCGCUGCAAGUCCAUCACUCCUCUUAUGUUGAGCGGCAUCAUCCGCCGGCAACCUGUGGCCCUGGACCUCAGCUGGACCAACAUCUCCAAGAAGCAGCUGAGUUGGCUCAUCAACAGACUCCCAGGCCUCCGGAUGCUGCUGCUCUCCGGCUGUUCCUGGGUGGCCGUGUCUGCCCUGUGCACCUCCAGCUGCCCCCUCCUGCGGACCCUGGAUGUCCAGUGGGUGGAGGGACUGAAAGACGCCCAGAUGAGGGACCUGCUCUCCCCGCCCACAGACAACAGACCAGGUCAGCUGGACAACAGGAGUAAGCUGAGGAAUGUGGUGGACCUGCGUUUGGCCGGGCUGGACAUCACGGACGCCUCCCUGCGUCUCCUCAUCCGUUACAUGCCCCAGCUGUCCAGACUGGAUCUGAGCUACUGCAACCACGUCACUGACCAGUCUGUCAACAUCCUGACCGCUGCCGGGACAACCACCAGAGACUCGCUCACUGACAUCAACCUCUCAGUGUGCAACCGAGUCACAGACCAGUCCCUGACCUACUUCAAGCGCUGUGGAAGCAUCUGCCAUAUUGACCUGCGCUACUGCAAGCAGGUGACCCGGGAGGGCUGUGAGCAGUUCAUCGCUGAGAUGUCAGUGAGUGUACAGUUUGGACUGAUAGAGGAGAAGCUGCUGCAGAAACUCAGCUAGUGGCCGAACGGCAGCUUGACAGAGACUACACUGUAAACACUGGCUAGCUAACAACACUCGUGCUGUUAUUGUCACAGAGGAAGUGUUGUGCCCCCCCCCAAAUUUGUUUUUUAAAAGUGACAGUUCUGCUGAUACUCCUUGGUCUUAUUGUGCUGCUGAAACAAGAAGGCUUCCAAAAUAGGAUUUUCAACAUGUAAGGCUGGCAGGACACCAGGGUUUACUGGAAAUUUAAAAAAGCAUGUUUAUUUCCCCAUUUAUCUGUGCCAAGAUGUUUAAGUUAUUUUUUUAUUUCUGCAAACAACCAGGCAGUCUAUGUACAUGUACACAGUGGUUAUGUUUAACUUCUAUAUUUCAUGAUGUACUUUUGUUGCAAUGCACACUUUAUGCAUUAUAAAGAAAUAUUUUUGUAUCAGAAAGUGUUUCAUACUUUUAUGUGCAGUAUUGAAUGCACUGAUUUACAGUACCGUUUUAACUGACAAUAUUCAGUCUGCCUCACUGUUUGUUUUUCAUUAUUUCGACUCUAACCUGAUGAAUGCCAAUAGAGCAGUCGCUGGUUAUCUGUGCGGGUGUUUUAUAUUUUAUUUAUUUAAAUGCUGAUGUUCCAUUUGAUGUUUUGUAUUUUUAUGUACAUAGGUACUUACUCCUUUUCAUAGGACAGUUGCUUUACUCAAGCUCAUUUCUGACUAACAAAAAAAGUAUAUUUGCACUGUUUGACAAAUAAAGAAAACUGUCCUUUCCAAUAUGUAUCAAUCCAGUAUAAGUUGGCAGCCAACAGUGACUGUUAGGAAAAGGGAACAUUGUUAGGAAGAUGUAAAGCCUACUUCUGCCUAUAGACAACCUUUCAUCUCCACAUACAAGGCUUUUGUGGCAUUUCCAUGGUCCCUGCUUUUCUAGGGGUUUGUCACAGGUUACGGCCACUUCAUUAUAUUUAGUGAGAACAGUAGUGUAUAUAUGGUCUACCAAUAUAAACCUACAUACAUAUACAGACACUUCUCACUUUCAGUGUAAUUAAGAUAGAAUAUAAGGAAUGUAAUUAGUUACCAGGCUGACUCAUACCAACCCCAGUUCACAUUUAAUUAAAGUGGUAUUUACAAGUAAUGGCAAAAGGAUGAUUGCUGGGAUGUUGCAUUGUAUCAAGGUUUUGAUAAAUCUCCUUUUUGUAUGAGGACAGGCUUAAUUACCAAUCUCCAUGUCUUCCCUGUGCGUUUGGGAAACAUUCAUGUGUCAUUGGUUCAACUGUAAAUACUGUCAAUCUUAAGCAUACAGAAAAUUGUUUGUGACUUAUGAGUUAUUAAAAAAACUCAUCUUAAAUAUUGAGCUCUCUAUUUUCAUCGUAAUGGAUCGUUUUGGUCGUGUUUAUAAGCAUUCUGUGCAAUAUGUAAAAUAUGUCAUACAUUGAAAUAUUAAGGUUUCUACGUUCUGAAAUAAAUAUCAAACCUGACAUUUAGAACAGCA